GGUAUGAUUCAGAGGAAGGAGGUCGUGUUGUCUGUCUUGGGGGAUCUCCAGGAGGCCACGGAGAGCGCCGGCCUGGACGCCCUGACCGCGGUGGCCCUGGAGGUGGACCAGGUCCUCGCUCCCUUCCAGCUUCCGGGGACCCCCUGUCAGGAUUUCCCCGAGUGGGCGGGCGUGGACGACACGGCUCACGGCCUGUACCCGCCCGACGCCCCCGUGGGCCUCUUGCCUCUCAACUGCAAUGGAGAGGGCAACCUGCUGUUUGACGCCGUCAGCAUGCUGCUGGUGGGCAACACUGGACUCAGCUUGGAGCUUCAGGUACGCACAGUGGUGGAGAUGGUGCUGUGGAAGAGAUACUACCUGUCUGGCAUGAUCGAUUCAAAAAUGAUGCUCCAGGCCGUCCGCUUCAGCCUCUGCGCCGAAGAGUCCGAGGACAUGCUCAACCUGCCCGUGGCGGUCUUGGAGGCCAUCUUCGACGCCGACGUCAAAGCGUCGUGCUUCCACGGCUCCUACGCCAACAUGUGGCACGUGUACGCGCUGGCGUCGGUCCUGCAGUUCAACAUCUACUCCAUCUACCCCAUGUUCAACCUCAAGAUCCGGCCCUAUUUCCACCGCGUCAUACGCCCGCGGACCUGGCCCCGAGACUCCGAGACGCUGGCCCUGCACGUCAUGUGGUCCGGCGAGCUGCUCUCCGGUUCGUCGUUCAAGCCGAACCACUUUGUGGCGCUCGUCCGGACGAGCGACCUCAUGAUCGGAAGCCCUCACAGCGAGCAGAGGGCGUCGCCGACGAAGAGCGAGGAGCUGCCGAACCAGGACUCGCAGCUGUCCUAUCCGGGUCUGAAGGACAAGUACAACAUCACCAAGAGGACCUUCUACCGCUGGAAGAGGCAGACGCAGGAGCACUGCAAGAAGUCGGCCGCCAGGUACGAGGCAAAGUAUUUCCUGCAGGCCUGCUACUUGGAGGGCAAGCUCAUCCCCCUGCACCAGUUCAAAGAGUUCUUCCCCGAGAUCUCGAGGUCGUCGUACUACAACUGGAAGCACGAGCUCCUGAAAUCCGGCGGCACCUUCUCCACCUCGUCGUCGACCGGAGAGAUAAGUCCCGGAGAGAGCACGGAGCAGGAGGUCUGGUCUUCGCCCGAAGCCAAGCAGGAUGAGGCGGACCCCCACGACAGCGUGGUCAGCAUGUUUGGCCUCGGCAAGCUGGAUCUGGAGCGGGCCCAGAAUGUGGCCCACAUGCAGGAAGCCAAGCGCUGUCUGCAAAAUUGCAUCGCCAUGAACACCUCCCUCCCCUUCAGGGUCUUCAAAAGAAACUUCCCGGGGAUCUCCAGGUCCACCUACUACAACUGGAGGAGGGAGGCCAUGCUGUUCAACGGGGGCUACAAAGGCGGCGGCGGUGGUGGCGGCGGCGUGGGCAGCAGCGAGGACAGCUCCGACGCCGACAAGAGCCAAAGUCCAAAGAACCUGUCGUCGGCGGCGGUGCCGCCGAACGCCGACCAACAUUUCGUGCCCAGAACUCGGAUCUGCAGGCGGAAGCACAAAAUCUUCCGGAUGGCGUACAUGAGUAAAAAACAGCUCCGAGAUGCCGCGAAGCUCCACGUCCAGAAGUCCAAAUGGUCCCUGACAAAGUUCAAGCUCAAGUUCCCCUCCAUGUCGCCGUGUUUUUACUGGCUUUGGCGCAGCGCUCAGAACCGCAAGAAGAAGACGACGACGGCGGCGGUGGCGCCGAGCGCAGCGAUCGCCCCCCCGGAGACGCCGGCGGUCGCAGCGCCGGAAGACGAGGCGCCGCGGAGGCGGAUGGAUAGUCUGCACGCGCUCCCGUUUGUCGAAAGUCCUAAAUACGUCGAAGCGCCUCCCUUUGAUGCGCCGCGCUCGAAGCACGCGCUUCACGUCAAGGCGCCCGUGCAGGAGCAGAUGUUUGCGUUGGAUGUCGUGGCUCUGGCCAACUUCAAGGCCAAGGCCAAGCUGUUCCUGCAGCAACGCUUCGAGGAGAAGGCCUUCCCCACGUUCAAAGAGUUCAGGUCCUACUUCCCCUUCACCCCGCGCUCCACGUACUACAUGUGGAAGCGAGCGCUGCAUCACGGGGUGUCACUGGUUCACGGGUGA